GGCUGUGUAGGGAAAUUGAAAUUGACACUUCAGCAAACGUCUAAAAAUUUUCAGCAAUAUGUAUAGCUCGCUACGCACAGUUUUCCCAAUCCUCAAGUUUCGAAACAUCGGUCCACGUUGCAACUUUGGAACAAAAGUCAGCUGGCCACCAUCGACGACAGAAGAGAAUUUAAAGUCGCUCAAGGGAGAGUGUGUGGUUAUUACCAAUUGUGAGGGAGGAUUAGGUGCAGAUUUGGCAAUACAACUGGCGAAACUUGAAGCCAAAGUGAUAGUGUGGGAUAAAAAUACAGAUGUUUUGGUGCACACCAAAAGGUACAUUAAGUCUACGGCGGGAUACGAUCUUGAAAUUCAUUCCUGCGAUCUCUCCAAUCGGGGUGACGUGUAUAACGCGGCCGAGGCUACACGGAACCAAUUCGGCGAGGUAUCUAUGGUUGUCAAUACAGUGUGCUUGUCGUCCGAGAAACCAUUUUUGAGCACCCAUGAUGAUCUGCUCGAAAGUAUCUUUCGUACAAAUAUAAUGUCGCAAAUUUGGAUGACGAAAGCAUUCUUGCCUCACAUGAUUGCGGCGAAUAAGGGUAGAUUUGUUGCCGUUUCUUCUAUGGCCACGCACAUCGGCCUUCCAAAGUUGACCGAUCUGUGCGCUACAAAUUCUGCCAUUUCUAACUUCAUGGCCGCGCUCUGCGCCGAAUUGGAGCACAACGGAAUCACCGGAAUCAAGAUGACCACCAUUUGCCCCUACUUCCCCCAAAACGCCAACUUGCACAAAAAUGCCAAACUACGCCUACUUUCAGGCGUGAGCAAAGAGAAGAUCGUCCAGAGAACCGUAGAUGCCAUUCUCAAUGACGAAAGUCACGUUUUUCUGCCAGGAUGGUUCAAAAUUGCAACCGCUUUACGAUGGUAUUGCCCCAACACGGUAUCGAAAUUGUUGAAGCAAGUCUUCAUCAAGGAUAGCAAUUCAGCGCUGCUUUUAGAGGACCCACCAAAAGAAAUCGUCGAAGAAGUACUCGAUAUAAUUGAAGCACUCCCUGUUAAUGCCUCUGAAAAAGAAUCACAUGUACGAAUACCGCCACAACUUGGCAACGCAACUCAAAAAUUAUAAGAACUGUAAGGUCGCAAUAGAAAUUACCAAAUUUA